AAUCACAUCCCUAAUUAUUAUCACCUGUGUGUGUGCACGCACAUUUACCAUCACGGUCGACCGGCCAAACCAUCAUCUAACUCCAUUACAGCCAAUCAGUUAUAUGUAUUGUAGUUAUUUUUCCGUCUUAAAUCAUGCUGACCAACACAGGCCCUGUGGCCAAACUCUACCUGUCAAUAAUUGAUGAUGUGAUUGAGAACAUGAGGGAGCUGUUCUCCGAUGAAGGGCUUGAAGACCGCGUCCUGGAUGAUUUGAGACAUCUUUGGGAAUCGAAGAUGAUGCAAUCAAAAGCGAUGGAAGACUUCAGGAAAAACAAUAUCAACUCCUCCAACUUCGUGCUGCAGCUCCCUGCCAACUACAGUCAGACGGAUCAGGAGGUCACAGCCUCAGUUAUGAUCCCAGCAAGUCAGAGUAUCUACAGUUUCCCCCGGCUUAAGAACAACUCGGAGACACUCGCUACUUUUUCUCUCCCUGCUGGGCUAGCUUACCCUGUGCAGAUACCAGCUGGAGUCACACUACAAACAGCAUCUGGUCAGCUUUACAAGGUCAAUGUUCCUGUGGUGGUCACUCAGGCUGCAGCGGGUCAGCAACCUGUGUCCCGACCCACGCAGAAGGUCACUGAGUGGAGAGAGCCUGCUGCUCCUCGGCCAGCUGCAGUCCCACCAAACACCGCUCAUCCUCAGGAGGUGGAGCCAUCCUCUGCUUCAGCUCCUUCUGUCACACAGCCUCCACAUCCAAAGACCAAUUAUAUACCCCCCAGUGAGGAGAGCAGCCUCCCCCAGCAGCCACAAGAUCCUGCUGCUGAUACCUUGCUGCUCCAGGGGGCCGACUCUCCAGAGCCAGAGUUCAGGCUGGAAGAAAAUGAGCCGAUUCCACAACCGGAACCCGUGAACCUCAGUAUGACCACCUCACCCUGCGAUCAGUCAUUAGACUUCCAGACGGGCAAUGAGGAGACUUUGACACAGACAGCACAACUAAAGAGCAGAGAUGUAGAUGACAUCCUGAAACAAGUGAUUGAGGAGGAGCGAGAGAAGGCAGAGAGGGCGAGGAGUCUAACGUCUGCAAGGACUGACAGUCCGUCUGAGGCUGUUCUCGGGCUGGAGCUGGACUACAGCUACAGUGAACUGUCAGACAUCGUUCAGCUGGACGGACCUGCAGGUAACUCUGACCUCGAGGAGGAAGAGGGAGCUCCCCUGGACGAGAAUGACUUUCUGGGUAUAAUCAACGCGGAGGCCAUAAAGGCGCUGCAGGAAGGAGAAGGAAGCAGCGACGGCAACAGCGUCUCCUCCAGCAGUGACGGCGAGGGGGCAGAUGAGCUUGCUAAUGUAGAGGACGAGGAUCCGCUGAACUCAGGGGAUGAUGUGAUCGAGCAAGACAUCCCAGAUCUCUUCGACACUGACAAUGUAAUCGUUUGUCAGUAUGACAAGAUUCACCGUAGUAAGAACCGCUGGAAGUUUCAUUUGAAAGAUGGAGUGAUGUGUUAUGGUGGCAGAGACUACGUGUUUUCUAAAGCUGUUGGGGAAGCCGAGUGGUAAUGAGCUCUAGUUCUGUUGCUCACAUCAGAUAAUCAUGUUGAAAGAGGAAACUGAUGAAAAACUGAGAAACAAUCAGUGAAUUUAGACCGCUUGGUGGUGUAAUUUGGCUCACAGAGCAGGCAGUUAAAACACCACUGUGCAAAAUCACUGAUACUUUUGUUGUUUUUUUUCAGAAUGCAAUUAUCAGAACGAUACUGAAAGCCAUUUACAGUGUUGCGGCCAAUUACUUACAGCGCUGCUUCUUAAUCCGACCUACUGAGACAAACGGCAUGAAUUUAUGUUGUAUAAUAUUUUGCUGGAAAAAGUUUAUUAGUGGAGCAAAACUUGAUUUGACCUGAAAUGUGUUUUCUUCCGUCAUGAUUAUGUUGCUUUGAAGGUAGCUAAUGUGCUGUUUGAUUUCCAGACGUUGUAAUGUCUUGCUUUAAUCAUGCUUCAGAUACACUGAACUGCACUGUUUUGCUGCAGUCAAUAAACCCUUUUAUUUCCAUUCAA